GGGUACGUCUUCUACAACUCAGGAAACCAGGYUUUAUGGUUGCUGACUGACUUGUACACUUGCUUUCAUUCUACUGUGUUCAGUUCUGAGUCCACACCUCCUUAUUUUCUUCUUCUUCCCACCCAUCUUUCUAUCUCACUCAGUCUCUCUCUCUCUCUCUCUCUCUCUCUACUUGUCUGAGCAGCAGAGCAAAGAAAACAAACCUGUUGGUCUCGUUGCAACCAGGAAAUUAAUCAAAGACUGAGCCAAGACGUGAGAGAGCAGAAAGGGUGACAUCAAGAGAGACGAAGAAGGGGAGGCAGCUCCGUUUCAGGCCAUGACACACAACAUGUUUCCGCUGUGCUGCAAGYAGAUGUACCUCCUCUGUUGACCCUGACAAUGUAGGACUGUUAUGCYGCUGACAGAAAGGCUGGUAAGCACUGUAUGGGGGGCUAAAUAGUGCUGAAGUGUGUUCAGUGUAGAGAAAAAGAAGAGAAGGGGGUGAGAUGGUACAGACUUGAGACACCUAAAGAGCUGGACCUCAAUCGUGAACCAUAAUCUUUUUUUUUUAGAUUUGUUUGUGUUUUUAUUUGCUAAGUUGUGAAAGUUUUAAAUAGAUGCAGUAGACCUCGUGAAGAGCAAAGAUCUGGUGGAGGAGCGAGAAGACGAAAGCGGAGGUUUCUCUAAGUGCCCAGCAUCCUUUGGGGUGUGAUUGCAUGUGUCAUUCAGGACAACAAAAGUGAUUCUGUUUGGCCGUUCCAUGGGUAGAUGGUUAGAUGCUGUUUGACGAAGAUAAGAUGCAGUGCUUUGAAACCAAGCAGAGGAAACAUGCCAGUCACUGUGCAGAGGACAGACGUCCGUGUGAACACUCAAAACCUGAAGAGCUCCACCCAGCAUCUGCCUGAAAACAUUUGCACCUCUUGACGCAGCAUUGGUGUUUGUCAUCACCCCCCUCUCUCUCACACACACACACAUACACACACUCUAUCACUGACGUUUGAGCCAUUUGCUGAUUCACUUCAAUUUCAAACAAACAACAGCAACAUGAUGGCAGGAGCUGGUUCGGGAGCCUCCACUACCCCAAAACUGAAUUCUCACUUUCCAAGAAGUGAAGACCUGCGGCUGGUGGARAAGACCAUAAGAAGACUGCAAAAACUGAAUGAACUGUGUACAAACCCCCGCCUGGGUCUGAGGAACAACCCGCCGUACCUACCUGAUCUGAUUCAGGACACUUCGAUGCUCCUCGUUCAGGUCUGGGAGCCCUACCGAGGCUUGGGGUCAUCAGGAGGGCUGGCACCUCGAGGCGAUGAGGCCACAUACCUGAGGGUCCACAUCAGGAACCUGCUGGAUAAGACGGACAGAGCCAUGCUGCUUUUCAAAGAGGGACGGGAGAAGAUAUUUGAUGARACAUCGAGCCACAGGAGAAAUCUGACCAAACUGUCCUUGCUGUUCAGUCACAUGCUGUGGGAGCUAAAAGCAAUGUUUCCAAGAGGCUAUUUUCAAGGUGACACUUAUAAAAUGAAUAAAACUGAGGCGGACCAGUUUUGGAGGAACUGUUUUGAUAACAUGUGUAUAGUCCUGUGGAAAACAUUCAAAGAGAAGCUGAAAAGUGUGCAUCAUUUUGAGGAAGGGAUGGAGUCCAUGGCCCUGAAAUCAACUAUUGAUCUGACCUGCAAUAAUCACGUCUCAGUGUUUGAGUUUGACAUUUUCACAAGACUAUUCCAGCCUUGGAGGUCUCUCAUAAGGAACUGGAACCAGCUAGCUGUGACCCAUCCAGGCUACAUGGCCUUCCUCACAUACGACCAGGUUGUAGCUCGACUGGAACAUUACCUGCGCCGACCUGGGAGCUACAUUUUUCGUCUGAGCUGCACCCGCAUGGGUCAGUGGGCURUUGGCCAUGUGACCAUUGAAGGUGACAUCAUCCAGACCAUUCCUCAGAACACACCUCUCUACCAGGCACUCAUUCAGGGCUUCAAGGAAGGCUGUUACAUUUACCCAGAUGGCCGUGACGUGAACCCUGACCUGACAAGCUUGUGUGAACCCGCYAACAAAGAAAAAGUCAAAGUUUCAGAAGAGCAGUAUGAGCUCUACUGUGAGAUUGGCAGCACCUUCCAGCUGUGUAAGAUCUGCACAGAGAGGGAUAAAGACAUUCGCAUUCAUCCCUGUGGACACCUUCUGUGUCGAUCCUGUCUCACAGGAUGGCAGAAGUCAGCUGGUCACACCUGCCCGUACUGUCGCUGCGACAUCAAAGGGACAGAGUCUGUUCUCAUCGAGCCMUACCUGAAAGGCAGCCAUCAGUGGGAGGAAGAUGAUGACAGCGAAGAYGAGGACCACGAGGACAUUGAGGUGGUGGUAAAGGAAAUGGCAGCACUGAGAAAGUUUUCAAGUUCGGACAACCAGGUGYCCGUCUCUCAUUUUAAAGCUCCACCACUGCCCCCUAAAACCAGCAGUGCCCCAAACUGCUCGUCUCCCUCCGGCCAAUCUCAAACAUCACAAAUAAAGGCAUUUGAAGAUUUCACUCACUCUCACUCUGUCAACAGUGACAGAGAAGCGCAAAUGCACAAACCACAUAAAAACAGGUCUGAAUUUCUCGGAGAAGCAAGACUCUCCUCCUCCUCUCAGACCGGUGUUGAUUGUGCAGCAGCAUGGAUCGGACCUUCCAGUCCUGUCGAUGAAAGAAGACAUAAACAGAAGGAAAAAAGUGGAGGAAGACCAAGAAAAGACAGAACUAGCUUGGGAGACUUAACACGAACAAUGUCAUCUUGAAUUAUUAUUUUUUUAAUCCACUGUACGGAGUCAAAACAAAUUAACCAAAAAAAAAGGAUUGAUAAAUUUAAGCCUGAACAUGCAAAA